AGUGAUAAUGAUCAUAAGCGCCAUUAAAUUUUGAAAACACAUAUAUAGAGUACUAAAGCAUUUUUUUUCCUCCAUAUAUUUGUGUUUAAAGAAUGGAGAGAGGUGAAGUGAAGGGUGGUAGUGGUGGUGGUUUAGGGGUGGUGUUGAAAGGAGUCGCGGCGUAUGGCGGCAAAUAUAUGCAGUAUAGUGUUCUUGGUAACUUGUUUGAAGUUUCUUCUAAGUAUGUUCCUCCUAUUCAGCCCGUCGGUCGUGGCGCUUAUGGGAUUGUUUGUUGUGCAAAAAAUUCUGAAACAAAGGAAGACGUUGCAAUCAAGAAAAUUGGGAAUGCAUUUGAUAACACGAUUGAUGCUAAGAGGACUUUACGUGAAAUCAAACUCCUCUGCCAUAUGGACCAUGAGAAUAUUGUAAAAAUUAAGGACAUCAUAAGGCCACCAGAUAAAGAGAAGUUCAAUGAUGUGUAUAUUGUAUACGAGUUAAUGGAUACUGAUCUGCAUCAGAUUAUUCGUUCUUCUCAGACAUUAACAGAUGACCACUGUCAGUAUUUUCUGUAUCAGUUACUGCGUGGACUAAAAUACAUACACUCGGCCAAUGUUUUACACCGUGACUUGAAACCAAGCAACUUGCUCCUUGAUUCAAAUUGUGAUCUAAAGAUCUGUGACUUUGGUCUUGCAAGAACCACAUCAGAGACAGAUUUCAUGACUGAGUAUGUUGUGACAAGGUGGUAUAGAGCACCUGAAUUGUUGCUAAACUGUUCGGAGUAUACUGCAGCCAUUGAUAUCUGGUCUGUUGGCUGCAUUCUAAUGGAGAUUCUUUUGAGGGAACCUCUCUUUCCUGGAAAAGACUAUAUUCAACAGUUGGCACUUAUAACCGAGCUAUUAGGUUCUCCAGAAGACUCAGAUCUUGGUUUUCUUAGAAGUGAAAAUGCUCGGAGGUAUGUUAAACAACUACCUCAUGUCCCAAAGAAGACAUUCCAGCAAAAGUUCCCAAAUAUAUCCCCUGUGGCGAUUGACCUUGCACAGAGAAUGUUAGUUUUUGACCCGGCCAAACGCAUAACAGUUGAGGAAGCACUAAACCACCCAAUGGUCCGAAACCUUCAUGAAAUCAACGAGGAACCUACCUGUCCAUCGCCUUUUCUCUUUGACUUUGAGCAAACUUCUUUAAGUGAGGACGACAUUAAAGAGCUUAUAUGGAAAGAGUCUUUAAAGUUCAACCCAGAAAGUAUCUCAAUGCCAAAAAUGAGUUGAGUUUACAAUAACCCGAAUGAUCAUAAAUCACUAGGUAGCUUCUUGUUUGUAUGAAGGUAAAAAAAAAAAGAGGUUUUUCUUGACAGUUUCUUUGUGUGCUCCGGUUCAUUUUUCGUGUGGAUCAUUUCGCUUGUUGUUGUCUGUAUACAUUCUUUGACAUAUAUAUUGAGUGAACAAUUAUACGUUUUUUGACAUUA